UGAUUUGAUUAGAAUGGUGGCCACUCAAACGGCUUAUCAACUGAAACAGAACGCUAUCAAGAAAAUUGAGAGCCAAAGUUUCUGAACCCUGAAAAGAACUGAGGCAAAUUAAAUUAAAAGAUGGCUUUUAGUGUUGGGUUUCGUUUCAAUCUUCUGGGAAAGCCUCAAUCUUCGCUAAUUCCUUCAGUUUCUUCAAUUUCUUUUGCGGUUUCUUCAUUUUCAGCUAAUAAUGUUGUCUUUGAUGGCUUCAAGAAACAGAACAACCCCAUUACACAAACAAGAGCAUCAGCUGAAGGACUUCCCAGUGAAUUAGCCGAGGAUUCGAAGUUCGUUCCAUUGAAUGCCGAUGAUCCCACAUAUGGUCCACCUGCUUUAUUGUUGCUCGGAUUUGAAGUCGGUGAGGCAGAGAAGAUACGACAGUUCUUGAAAGAAUUGGACGGUGACUUCAUGGAGAUUAUUUAUUGUACUGAAGACAUGAUUAAUGGUUCUCUUUGGGAGGCCGUGAAUACAAGGCAACCUAACUUGGAACAAGUGAAGAUUGCAAAAUCACUGCCAAGGAUCUGUUUUUUCUCUGGUCUUAGUGGGGAGGAGAUGAUGAUGUUCAUUGAUGCUUUCCCUGAGACUGGAUUAGAGCCAGCUAUAUUUGCUGCACUAGUUCCCAACAGUGCUGAUAAACCGGUAGCGGAGUUGAUAGAUGAAAUUAUGGGAGAUCAUGAAAUUCUGGCUGCACAACAAUCAGGGUCAACAUAACACGUUGACCACUGCAACCGCAAUGUUGGUUCUUAAGGAUUUAAAUCAAAUCCCCUGAUUCAGGCAUAAAAGCUGAACAAACCAGCAAAGAAAAAUACUGUGAUAUUUGGCUUUCAUCUGCUGAUCAAUCCAUUUGGUAAAUUACUAGUCACUAGGGUACCGUUGGACAUACCUUAGAGAUGCAUUUUGGAUGUAUUUUGAUGGAUCGUUUAGAGUUUAUAGCUAUUUUCUGUAUAUUGAUUUACAGACUAAUUUCAAUCUUUUCUUUAAUCAGUAACUUAAUUUAAUGAUCA